GUCGGGACUGACUCGGGGUGGUGUAUAUAACCAGUCGUCACGCACAAGAAUCAUCCUAGCCCCCCCUCUCUCUCUCUCUCUCUCUCUGAGCUUCUCUCUGCUUCAAGCAAGAAAAACUCUGCUCGGGAGAAAGGAAAAGAGAGAAAAGAAGAUGGCCGUCUCUGUCUGCCCCGGCGCCUCCCCAUCCAUCCUUCUGCUGCCGCUCCUCCUCCUCUUGCUCUGCUCCCUCCCGUCGCUCGCCUCCGCCUGCGACCGCUGCGCGCGCCACUCCAAGGCCGCCUACUACACCUCCUCGCUCACCCUCGCCGCCGGCUCUUGCGGGUAUGGCACGGCGGCCGCCUCCUUCAACGGCGGCCUGCUCGCCGCCGCCGGCCCGGCCCUGUACCGCGGCGGCGUCGGCUGCGGCGCCUGCUUCCAGGUGAGGUGCAAGGACAAGAAGCUCUGCAGCGGCGCCGGCGCCAGGGUCGUCGUGACGGACCGCGCCAGGAUGAAGACGAACCGCACGGACCUGGUGCUGAGCAGCCCGGCGUUCGCCGCCAUGGCCCGCCCCGGAAUGGCCGCGCGCCUCACCAAGCUCCGCGCCGUCGACGUCGAGUACAAGAGGGUGCCGUGCGAGUACAGGGGCAAGAACCUCUCGGUGCGGGUGGAGGAGCGGAGCCGCGCGCCCAGCGAGCUCGCCGUCAGGUUCCUCUACCAGGGCGGCCAGACCGACAUCGUCGCCGUCGACGUCGCCAAGGUCGGGUCGUCGAGCUGGAAGUUCAUGACGCGGGAGCACGGGCCGGCGUGGAGCACGCGGCAGGCGCCGGCGGGGCCGCUGCAGUUCAGGGUGGUGGUGACCGGCGGGUACGACGGCAAGUGGGUGUGGGCCGACCGGGAGGUGCUGCCCAGCCGGUGGCGCGCCGGCGAGGUGUACGACACGGGGGUCCAGAUCACCGAUGUCGCGCAGGAGGGCUGCUUCCCGUGCGACACGCAGGAGUGGAGGUGAAAGCAGGCUCUAGUAAACAAACAAUCAGGAACAAGGAGCCAAAGAAGAAGCUGCUGGCUCCUCGUUUUGGCCGGGCUCUGCAAGCGCGAACGAGGAAGGAUCACAGCACAACACCACACCACACCGGAGAUGAUUAGUUUAGUUUAGUUUAACGCUUGACACCAGAUGAUGACUCAUAGGGAUCCUCCUGAUCCAUCGGCCACUUUUGCUGCCGCCGCUCUUUUCUUUUCUCUUUGUUUUGUGAGCCUUCUGUAUGUACAUGAGCUGCUGACGUGAAGAUAAGUAAAUUAAGUAGAGCA